AUGCUCGCUUUCUCCUUCGUCCUGCUUUCCCUGGUUCUUUCCGGCCUCGCCUCGCCAGCCGAGCUGAGCAAGAGAGACGGUGCGCCGGUCGUCACCAAGUGCUCGACGUCGAACACUGCGGCGCUUACCUUCGAUGACGGGCCCUAUAUCUACAUGAAGGAAGUAGUCGACACCCUAAAGGCCGCUGGCGGCAAAGGGACGUUCUUCGUCAACGGAAAGAACUGGGGUUGCAUAUACGAUGACGGGAAUGUCGAGCAAAUCAAGUAUGCGUACGACAAUGGAUUUCAGAUCGCGUCGCACACUUGGUCACACAAGGACCUCUCUACCCUCUCUUGGGACGAAAUCGCUUCGGAGAUGUCGAUGACGGAGGAUGCUAUCGAACGAAUCAUUGGAGCCAGACCCGCGUUCACGAGACCUCCAUAUGGUAACUACAACGACCAAGUCCUUCAGGUGGCUAGUUCUCGCUCGCAGGAAAUCGUAACAUGGGACUUCGAUUCUGAAGAUUCAGCUCAGAGCCCUGCUGACGUGCAGAAGCAGUCGUACGACGCUGUCAUAAACAGGCACCCCGACAAUAUACUCUCAUUGCAGCAUGAAGUGUACGACUCGAGCGUCCAUGACGUGCUCCCGUAUGCCAUCCAGAAGCUUCAAGCCGCCGGAUACCAGCUCGUCACGCUCGCCGAAUGCAUCGGAGAAGAACCUUACCUGUCCGAAGGUACAGCGAAGGACAAAGAUGCUAAUGGCGACUGUAGGAUAGCUGGCAAUUUGAAUACAUACUAG